AUGGAUUCACGCAGUCGCCUGGCUGCUGCCCUGUGGCAGGAGGCGCGAAAUGAGAAAGGUCGUGUUUACUACUACAAUGUAGAGACCAAACAUACUCAGUGGACAAAGCCUACAGAGCUGAUGACUCCAGUUGAGGCCGCUCUGGCGAAACAACCAUGGAAGGAAUACACUACAGAGGAUGGGCGCAAGUACUGGUACAACACAGAGAGCAAGCAAAGCACAUGGGAGAUGCCUGUAAUUUACAAAGACGCACUUGCACAGUCGCCUGCCCCCCCGACGACCCCCGCUGCACCUACCUUUGUUGCAGGUGGACCCUCUUUCUCGCAACCCCAGCACCGUGAUCAGCAGCGUGAUCGCGAAGAUUUUGACCGAGCUGAGCGGGGUUACGGCGACCGUCGCGCUGGAUACGGUUCCUAUGAGACCAGCACCAUGGCUGCAGCUCCAGAAUUGAAGUCGCAGAUGGACCCUAACUACCAUUCGCUUGAAGAGGCAGAGAGUGCAUUUGUGAAGCUGCUCAAACGCCACAACGUGCAACCUGAUUGGACUUGGGAGGAUACCAUGCGCGCUACAAUCAAGGACCCACAAUACCGUGCUCUCAAGGACCCACGAGACCGCAAGGCAGCAUUUGAGAAAUAUGUGGUCCAAGUCCGGAUGCAAGAAAGGGAUCGGGCCAAAGAAAGAUUCGCCAAGCUCCGCACAGAUUUUUAUACCAUGCUGAAGCGCCAUCCUGAGAUCAAAUAUUACAGCCGAUGGAAGACAAUCCGUCCAAUUAUUGAAGGGGAGACUACAUUCAGGUCUACCAAUGAGGAAGAUGAGAGGCGCCAGCUUUUCGAAGAAUACAUCCUCCAACUCAGAAAGGAUCACUUCGAACAAGAAGCUGCGACCCGCAAGGCUGCUAUGGAUGAGCUGGUUGAAAUCUUGAGCUCGCUCAACCUAGAACCAUACACGCGUUGGUCUGAGGCGCAAGCCAUUAUUCGGUCUAAUGGCAAAUUCCAAGGCGAUGAAAAGUUCAAAGCUCUGAGCAAGUGUGAUGUUCUUACUGCUUUUGAGAACCAUAUCAAGUCGCUCGAACGGGCUUUCAACGAUGCUCGCCAACAGCACAAGGCAGCGCGAGCCAGAAAGGAGCGUAAGAACCGGGAGCAGUUUGUGACACUUCUCAAAGAGCUCAGAUCUCAGGGUAAGAUCAAGGCGGGCACCAAGUGGAUGAACAUCUGCCCGAUCAUUAAAGAUGAACCCCGGUACCAUGGAAUCCUGGGCCAGCCUGGAUCCACGCCUCUUGAUUUGUUCUGGGAUAUGAUGGAAGAAGAGGAGCGUGCUCUGCGCGGACCUCGGAAUGAUGUACUUGAUGUUCUAGAUGACAAACGAUAUGAAGUUACGACAGAAACUACAUUUGACGAAUUCAGUUCUAUCAUGUCUGCCGACCGCCGGACCUCCAAGAUUGACUCGGAUAUCCUCAACCUCAUCUUCCAGCGUAUCCAAGACAAGGCAAUUCGACGCACCGAGGAUGAGAAACAUGCCGCCGAUCGCCAACAGCGCCGCGCCGUGGACGCACUGCGGUCUCGUAUCAAGCGCCUGGAACCGCCCAUCCGAGCUACAGACACUUGGGCUGACAUUCAACCCCGCCUUGAGAAAUAUGACGAGUACAAGGCCCUUGAGUCGGAUGAGCUCCGGGAGUCUGCAUUUGAGAAAGCAAUUCGCCGCCUGAAGGAAAGAGACGACGACGCAGAUAAGGAUCGCGAGGCGUAUAACCAGAACCGGGGAAGCCGCCGGGACUAUGACCGUGGUGAUCGUGAAUACCGUAGGGGCAGAGGGGAGCGACGCGGACCCAGCGGCCGAGUCAGUAAUACCCCUGAAAUGGAUGCGUACGAGGCAGACCGUCGCAAGGCACAGGCCGACCGGGAACGAACUUACCGCAAGGUCAGCGGUAUCUCCCCAUCUCGCGAUCGUCGCGACGAGCGUGGAGACCGUGACCGCUAUCGCAGCCGGGAUCGUGACUUUGACCGUGGCCCUCGCGCUAGAGACCCCGACCGACGUGAAGACGAACGCGAGCGCCUGUAUCGCACUCGUGGCGAUCCCCGUGGAGGUCGUGAUGAACUUGACUAUGGUGGUGGCAGCGGCGAUACCCGCAGUGUAGUCGGUGGUGACCGCCGCCGCCGACGUGACAGUGAUUCCGAGAGUGUGGUCAGCCGGUCGGCCAAACGCUACCGACGUGAUAGCCGCGAGCGAGACCGCAGCAAGGGCCCAAGCGCUCCCCGACGGGAACGCUCUGCUAUUCCGGAAGAAGAUGAGGGUGCGACCAAGGACGAGAAGGCCAUUCACUCUGGCAGCGAGGAAGGGGAGAUUGAAGAGGAGUAG